GGGGCGGGGCGGUGCCGGGCUGGGGGCUGUUCGGGAGCCGGGCCCCUCGCCCUGACCCCGCCGUUGUGGUGACUUGCGCCCCGCAGAGCUUGCCCCUGAACCCCAAGCCCUUCCUGAACGGGCUGACGGGGAAGCCGGUGAUGGUGAAGCUGAAGUGGGGGAUGGAGUACAAGGGCUACCUGGUGUCUGUCGACGGCUACAUGAACAUGCAGCUUGCAAACACAGAAGAAUACAUCGAUGGUGCAUUGUCAGGACACCUUGGUGAAGUUUUGAUAAGGUGUAACAAUGUCCUAUACAUCAGAGGAGUAGAAGAAGAAGAAGAAGAUGGGGAAAUGAGAGAAUAAGUUUGUAUAUUUCUGGAAAAUAAAGAUCAGUUUUUCACAACUUUU